UUUGAUGUGAUAUUGGAAAAUUGCAGAUUCAAUAAAAUAUGGCAGUGAAACCAACAGUAGCUUUGAGGGCUGUACUUGUAGGAGGGAUAGCUGUAUUUGCAAAAGUAGCUGGUGCAAUGAAGGCUGCUGGUGGUGCCAAGCUGGGUGCAGCGGCUUCUGCCAUGACAGUGGCAGCAUCUGCUGCUAUGUCUGGAUCAAAACAGAACCCAAAAGAUGAAUCCAAGCAAACGUAAAAAUGAUCAUCCCUUUUUCCUUCGUUUAGCAGCUUCUAGACAUUUGUAAUGUAUGUAGCAUAGUUGGCUGCUCCCGUGAGCUUGUUGGGAGCAAAUGGCUAUGCGUGAAAUGUAAUUUUGGUCAUCACACAGCUUUUAAAUCGCGUGAAAUAAGAGAAACCUACACCAUUGGUAUGAA